AUGAAGACUACCGCCGCCGCCAUUGUCCUCGCUGCUAGCCUCGCCGCCGCGGAGCCCCAGCACGCGCUGCCCUCGGGCGCCAAGAUCAACUGCACUAAGCCCAAUGCCACAUACUGCAUGGGCGGCGACAUUAUCCUGCGCUGCGACGCCAACGCCACCGGCACGCCUGGCCGCUGCUCCGACAACGUCUCCGGCUACCCUCCCGCCGGUGGCAUCGCCGAGUGCUGGGAAAGCUCUCGCGACGCCGGCGACGCUGCCUGCCAGAAGAACUGUGUCGUCUAUGCCGAGAAGCCCUUCACCCUCUCCGCCGGCCAGUGCACCCCGUCGGCCACCCAGACCGGCCAGCCUACCAGCACCGGAAGCUCUACCGGCAGCUCUACCGUCCCUCCCACUUCGAACACGACCAGCACCGGAGGCAGCAGCUCUACCUCGAGCAGUGCUCCUCCUCCCGGCACUUCCUCCACUGGAUCCCACACCUCGGAGAGCUCGUCUGCAACCCCGACGCCCACUCCCAGCAGCAGCAGCAGCACCAGCAGUGUCAUCACCACUCUCUCUCCUCCUCCUCCCGGCACGUCCAUCACCCCUACGCACAGUGGCAACGGGACCGUCACCAUCCCCAUCAUCACUCAGUCGAGCAGUGGCACCAUCACCGGCCCGCCGACCAGCGGUAGCACGACCAGCGGCGGCGGCGGCAUCAUCACCCUGACCACCACCGCUGGCCCCAAGCCCACCACCACCUCUCCUCCUGCCAACUCCAACAACGGCGUUGCCAACAACGCCAUGGGCGGUCUCUUUGCCCUAGAAAACGAUGUGCUUUGA